AUGAAACGCAAACGAUACGAAUCAACAACAAUAUCAAACAAAAUUUUAUGUUUACAAAAUGGUUCUAAUGUUGAAGUACAACUUGAAGAUGGAAAAUGGCAUACAGGAAUAAUAAUUCAAUGUCAAUUAAAAAAAUAUCUUGUUCAAGUUGAACAACAACAAUAUUGGAUUGAUUUAGAUCUUAUUAGACCAAAUACAAUUAUUGAUCAUAAACGUAAUGUACCAUUUGAAUAUCGUCCCGGUCAAUUUCUUCGUAAUGAAACAAAGUCCACAAAUAAAAUAGUACCUGAUGAAAAAGUUUUAUCAUCUCCUCCUGAUUCAUCAUUAAUAUCUGAAUCUUCUAAUGAAUUGAAAAAAAAACGUUUACCAAAAACAACAAAUACAAAUAUUUCUGAACAAAAAAAAUCACCAUUUGUUUGGAAACCAAGUACAAAUUCAACUAUUCAAACACGUCGAUCAUCAAAAAGUAAUAAUUCAUUAACAAUAUUACCUGAAGAAAAUAUUCCUAUUGAUAAUAAUUGUCGAAUACGAACAUUAUCAAAUUCAACUCAAGAAAAAAUAAUAACAUCGAACAGUGUUAAAAUUUCAACAGAAAUUCCAUCAUCGGAAGUUCUUAUUUUUCGACCAAUUAUUCGGUUUGUUGAUGCAACAACUAAUGAUGAACAAUCUAAUAAUACAAAUUCUCCAACACGUCACUCAUCAAUUGAUGAAGAAAAUUUAAUUAAACAAGAAGAAGAUCGUUCAACUAGUCAUAUAAAUUCAAAACAUGAUGAUUAUAAUGAAAAUUUAACUAAUCCUGAUAUAAUAUAUCAUAUAAAUGCAUCAACUGAUAGUCGUUCAUCAUCAACAACAAGUACAGAUAAUCCAUAUAUUGUUAAUCAAUAUGAUAUAAUACCAUCAACAAUUGAACAACAAAUAAAAAAUGAACAAAAAUCAUCAUGUUUUCUUGAAACACCUCCACCAUCAUUACCUGAUAUACAUUUAACACAAGAAUCAGAAAGUUCAUUAGAUAAACCACAUCAACAAUUUAAAUCUAAACGUAAACAAAAUCAUCCACAAAGAAAAUAUCAACAAGAACAAGGUCAACAAAUAAAUGGUGUACUUAAUCGUUUAUUAUUAAAACAAAAAGAUAAUGAUGAUUUAAUAAAAACAACAAAUGAUUUAUGUGAUACAGGUUAUUUAUCUGAUGAAUAUAGUGAACCAAUAAUAUCAAAUAAUGAUUUAUUAACAUAUAAUAAUUUAGAAAAUUUUUAUCAUUUUCUUGAAAAAUAUCAUAAUCAAAUAAAUGAACAAUUAAAUAAUAAUAAUAAUAAUAAUAUAUUAAUUAAUCAAGAUGAUAAAAAUUUAUAUGAACAAUUAAUAAAAUUUAUUUAUAAUAAUAAUGAUAAUUAUGAAAAAUUAAAUAAAUAUCGUUUAGAAAAUUAUAAUAAUAAUAAUCAACAUUUAUAUUUAAUAUCAAAUAUAUUAGAAAGAAUAUUUUCAAUAUUUUAUAAUAAUAAUAUUAUUUAUAAUUUAUAUGAAUUUAUUCCAAAUGAAAUAAAAACACAUAUUAAAUUAUGUUUAAAUCAUAGUUUUAAUCAAAAUAUAAAUAAUAAUAAUAAAAAACAAAUUUUAACACGUCAUAAACGUUUAACUCAUAUUGGACAUAAACAUCGAAAUAUUAAAACAAAACGUUCAUCAUUUAUUAAUAUGACAAAUACAAUAUCAAAUAUUAAUGAGAAUUUAACAAAUUAUGAACAACAACAACAACAAAUGUUAUUAUCACCUUCUAGUCCACUUACACCUAUAUCAUCAAAAAUUCAUGAACAACAACAAUCUAUUGAAGAUUUAUUAUCUCCUAAUAAUAAUAUUAUUAAUGCCGGUGUUAUGGAACAAAUAUCUGUUCUACCUAAAGAACGUGAUGUUUAUGAAGUUAUUCAUUGUUUAUGUAAUUGUCAAAUUGAUAAUGGUUUUAUGAUUCAAUGCGAAGCAUGUUUAUGUUGGUCUCAUUGUGAAUGUGUUGGUGUGACAACAACUUGCAUUCCAGCAUUUUUUAAAUGUAAUGUUUGCACAAAAGCUGAAGCUGAACGUCCACCACAAUGGUCUUUUUCAUCAAUGUUAGAUGAUGAAACAACAUCAUUAUUUUUAAGUACAUCAAAUAAUUCAGAAAAAAUUUCUCUUUUUUUAUCAUAUUCUCGACGUUUAUGGAAUUUAAGAGAACAAAUUAUUGAAUUAAAAUUACGUUAUACACCAACAUUAAGAUCUUUACAACAUGCAUUAAGAUGUGAUGAUUUAAUUGAAUUAUUUAAUUGUGCCAAUAUAAAGUCAGAUGAAUUAAUGGCUAAAAUUAAAGAAAGAGAAAAAAAUCGAAAAUAUUUCGAAUGUAUUGCUCAAACAGUUAAUCAUAUUGUUGAUAGUGUAUGUUCAUCUAUAUCAACUUCAUCAUGUUUAUCUAUUGAAUUAAUAACAAAAUCUGAAAUAAAAACAAAUUUAUUUAAUGAUCAAAUGAAUAUAUUAAUAUCUCAUUUAUCAGAUGAUGAUGAUACUCGAAAAAUUCGUUUAUUGAUUCAAAAUCGUUAUGAACAAUUAAUGUCUACUGUUGACAAUAAAAUUCAAACUAUUCUACUUGAACAUCAAACUAUUCAAACACAAAUGGCAUUUGAACUUGGUAUAAUGCCAAAUAAUCAAUCAGAUGAUUAUUUAUCUUAUGAUACAAAUGAAUUAGCAUUAAGAACAGCUAUUGAACGAUUAAAAUGUUGA